GGCGCCGGGCUGCAUGGACGUGAUGUCCCCGCAACAGGAGCACCUCGGCCCGGGCCGCUCGUCCUCGGUGAGCGGCGAGGGCAGGGGCUUCGCUGCCGCCGCCGACAGCAAGAAGAAAAUGAAGAGUUUGGCCCAGAGACGCCAGUCUGCACCGUCUUUGAUCUUUGUCAAAGCACUUAGCAGAUCUAGAUCGGCCUCAAGGGAAGGCUGCUUGUCCCCCAUCAGCCCGGAGGCAUGGCCUCUUGUGCAGUCUUUCAUAUGUCACAACCGAACGUUCAUCCUGGAUGGCCAUGUGCAGCUGAAGACAAGUCUGCAAACCCAGGAGCGACACCUUUUUCUCUUCACAGACAUUCUGGUUGUUGCCAAGUCCAAGUCACACUCUCAUUUCAAACUAAAGUGCCAAGCACGUCUCUGUGAGAUGUGGACUGCAUUUUGUACAGAAGAAGUCUGUGAAGGCAGCACAGACCCAGAGAGGUCCUUUGUUUUGGGCUGGCCCACCACAAACUGUGUGGCAAAUUUCAGGUCUGCAGAACAAAAGGAAACAUGGCUCUCUUUUUUGCAAAGUCGAAUAAGAGAAGAGAAGGAAAAAGACAAUCCUAAAAGGAUCCCUGUGACGAUAAUUGCAAAAGACGUGGGAACUUGUGCAUAUUCAAAAACCCUAAGUGUAACCAAUGUUGAUACAGCAAACGAUGUAAUUCUGAUGGCCCUGCAGCAGCUGGGAAUUAAUGGCUCUGAAAAAGAUUACAAGCUGUGGGUGAUUUCAGGAAGAGAACAUGCUCCUUACCCUCUUAUUGGACAUGAAUAUCCCUUUGGAAUUAAAAUGAGCCACAUUCGCGAUGCUGUGCCCCAUGGAUCAAAGCACUGUGCCUGCCCCAGGCAGCUUCAGGAGUCUUUCCUGACGGAGCAGCUGCCCCAGGAGCUGCAGUGCCAGUUUGUGCUGAAGCCAAGCCAAGUGGCCGUGUGCCAGCAGCUGAACGACUUAAGCCAAAAGUCAUUUAAAAGGAAAAGAUCUAUCAUAAAUUGGGCUUUUUGGCGUGGCCCAGGCACGCAUUUGGACAAUGCACCCCUCUCCACAACAUCUGCUGCUCCUGGGAAGCUCUUUGGCCUCUUGCUAACAACCAUCUGUGAGGAUGACAACCUGCCCAAACCCCUGUUGGACAUGCUUUCUCUCCUUUACCAAGAGGGCCCUUCCACCAAGGGUAUUUUCAGACGCUCUGGAAGUGCAAAAACCUUCAGAGAGCUCAAGGAGAAGCUUGAUUCAGGCUCUGAAGUGGACCUAGCCUGUGAAUCCAUAUUUGUGACAGCAUCUUUGUUUAAGGAUUUUCUUCGCAACAUCCCAGGCAGCAUUUUGUCAUCCCAGCUGUGUGAUAAGUGGGUCUCUGUGCUGGAUCAAGGAAAUACUGAAGAGAAGAUAAAAAGCAUACAAAGGUUAUUAGAGCAGCUUCCCAGAGCUAAUGUUGUUCUCCUACGUUACAUCUUUGGAGUGCUGCAUGGUAUAGAAAUGAGAUCUGAAGAGAACCAGAUGAAUGCAUUUAAUCUGGCUAUCUGCAUUGCACCUAGCUUGCUCUGGCCUCCUGUUUCCUCCACUCCUGAUAUAGAAAGUGAAUUUAUAAAAAAGAUUUCCAGUCUGGUACAGUUCCUCAUUGAGAAUUGCUGCAGGAUUUUUGGAGAUGAAAUUACCUCCCUCUUUGGAGAAAUACUGAUGACAUGCAGUAGAGAGAACAGCUCAGAUGUUGCUUCUCUCCAUCAGAAUGACUCUUCCUAUGACAGCCUGGAAAAUGAGGCGAAUGAUGAAGCUGACUCUUCUUCUAGUGACUGGAUUAAAACCCGCGAUCAAGAUAACCGGAGCAGGGAGUCUGUCUUCACUCUGAGUGAUGGUGAUUCGGAGCAGACAGAGGUGGAUGAAAUCCAAAGCGAGAUCAAAUCAAAGCAGUUGACAAUUUCUGUUGGCAUGCACCUGAAGUUUUCAUCGCAAGAAAACUCACAGAAUGAAUCUCUGUGCUCCGGCGCACUGGGUUUCUCCUCAGCCGCUACCUCAGGUGCUCUCAAAACUUCGAGGAGACACAGACGCUCCUCCGAGCCUGCAGUUGCCCUCCUCGCCUCCAGUUUUGUCCACACUGAUGAUGGUCAUGAGAAGGCAACACGCAAAGCCAGCUGUGAUGUUGUCCUAUCUCAUGAAGAUGAAGACUAUCUCUGUCAGCUUCGAUCAUUGCAGAUGGAAAGGCAAAAGCUUAGCAAUCGGAGCUUGAUUAUGGGGAUUAAUGUUGGUAGAAGUGACAACACAAAUCAAAACAUUGAAAGGAAAGACCUGUCCCAUUGUCUCCUGCCUCCAACACCAGAGGGAUUAAAUAUUUGCUCAGGAUUUAGCUGUUCUAGCCAGUCUUCUUCUGGGACAUCUCCAUCUGUGUCAUCAAUUUGCUCUCUGGACAGUGCUUUCUCGCAGUUUUCAGACCAGACUCUGUUUACCCUAAGUGAAACCUCCUGCCCUUUCGACAGCACUUUUCAAUUGCUAAAGAAACACGAAGAUGCUACUGCUGCUGCUGUGGCUGGUGACUGUUUGGUUACACCCACCAAGGUGCCACCAUCUCCACAACCUACUGACGCUGUGGCUGAAAGGGGCUUGGUGGAGCCCACCAGCAGGCCAGCCCCCCUGAAACCUACUGAUGGAGUUGAUGGCUAUUUGAUUAAGCCUAAAAUUCAGGCAUUGCCUCUGAAAGUCACAGGAAGAGACAGUCUUCAUGCAAAGAGGAAGUCUAGAAAAACAUUACAGCAAUCCAAAGUUUAAAGAGACUGACCAAAGCUUUUUUGCAGAGGAAUAUUAAUGCUUAAAAUAAACACCAUAAAGAAAAUGC